AAAUUGGAACUAAAUUAUUGAAGAUAUGCAACUGCCUACACAUCUCCGCAGUGAAGCUUGCUAUUCUACCAUCUCUGAUAGAAGUUCUGGUUUGGUUGAAACGUUUGAACGAGUCAGUCGAUUUGCUCAAGGAACUAUACUUUUCCGCCAAGGAGGACAUAGAUCAGUCUUCCAUCACCUGGUACUACGCUCUGUCUUUGGAAUUGCUCCUGGACGCCGGAAUGGUCUUGGAGUCCUACGAGGCCUGUCUCUCGUAUCACUCUAAAGCUAUCGUUUGCAGGUCCAGAUCCUGCGUGUCACGGGAUCCAGAAAGCUUGAUGCGCCUCACCACUUGUUUAGGCAUCUGGCAAUUGAGAAUGAUCAUGCCAGUGGUCGACGAGUUCAUACUGGACGUAGACGUGUACACGAAGGGCAUCGAGCGAGGCAAGUUCUCGCAGAUCUACAAUUGCGUCAAGGGUUUAGAGAGCUACCUGCUAAUACUCAAUCGUCGAAUCAAUAUCAAGCAGUCCAACGACCUGAUCGUUCGAUUGGAGAACGCCAACAUCCUUAGGACGGUCCUUCGAGAAUCGUCCUCUCGCGCGCCGUUCGUUAAACCGUUUUUAUACUUGUUACGAGCCUACAUGAGCGUCCAACGAGGAAGAAAGCCCAUGUCCCAGUACCUCUUAAAGAAAUCGCAUAAAUGGUCCUCGUAUCAGCAAAAUCAGAUGAUGCUGGCCUGGGCCAUGCAGAAUGAAAGAACGUGGACGGAGAAAUACAAUAACAUGGCGGGCUAUUGGUCCGAACACGUGGGCGCCGCGGAUGCUAUUCGAUGGCAGGAAAUUCACGAUUUCGACUUGGACGCUUGGUCGACGAUAAUGUACCCACUUCCGAUUCCUGAUAGUACUAUUUAAAGAAGCUGUACCUCGCAGGUGACGAUAUACUUAGCGAUAACGUAACAGGAGG